AUGCCACAGACGAUGGAUCUGCAGCCGGCCCACCACGACCGGCUCCCAGGGGCUCGCGGGAAACUCCCAGGACAGGGAACUCGGUCCCUUCUGGCAAAGGGAACACCUACCCGCUCCACCCUCAACCACCAGAACCAUGGGCUGCUGUGGAUGUUCCGGAGGCUGUGGCUCCUGUGGAGGCUGCGGUUCCAGCUGCUGUGUGCCCGUCUGCUGCUGCAAGCCCGUUCCGGCUGCUGUGUCCCCUGCUCCCAGUCCAGCUGCUGUGUCCCUGUGUGCUCCCAGUCCAGCUGCUGCAAACCCUGCUGCUCCCAGUCCAGCUGCUGCAAGCCCUGCUGCUCUCAGUCCAGCUGCUAUGUCCCUGUGUGCUCCCAGUCCAGCUGCUGUCUCAGCCUGGUCCUCAUGGAAGUGUGUCUGAAACUUCUGGGCAAGAUGCUGCUUGAGGCCCAUCGGCAGGGGGCUCAGAUAGGGAAAGAUGGCAGCAUCAGCUUCCAUGGGCCAGGCCCCCCGGGGCCCACGCACAGCCCUGGGCUUGUAGAGCAAGUGUGGGUGGAAGAGGCGGGCUGCAAGGCCGGCCCGGACCCGGCAGUCUGCAACUGCAGAGACCUGCAGGCCACUCCAGAGGCAGCAGGUGCCCGACAGAACCACGACAACACCCGCUCCACCCUCAACCACCAGAACUAUGGGCUGCUGUGGAUGUUCCGGAGGCUGCGGCUCCAGCUGUGGAGGCUGCGGCUCCAGCUGUGGGGGCUGCGGCUCCAGCUGUGGAGGCUGCGGCUCCAGAUGUGGAGGCUGUGGCUCCAGCUCUGUGGCAAAGGGGGCUGUGGCUCCUGUGGGGGCUCCAAGGGGGGCUGUGGCUCCUGUGGCUGCUCCCAGUCCAGCUACUGUGUCCCUGUGUGCUGCCAGUCCAGCUGCUGCAAGCCCUGCUGCUCCCAGUCCAGCUGCUGCAAGCCCUGCUGCUGCCAGUCCAGCUGCUGCAAGCCCUGCUGCUGCCAGUCCAGCUGCUGCCAGUCCAGCUGCUGCAGCCCCAUUUGCUGCCAGUGCAAGAUCUGA